AUGAGUGGUUCAUCCGACAACGACAAGGUCCCUCGCCAAUCCGAUGUCCGCCGAGCCGCGCAGAUGCGAGAAACCGGAGUCACCCCUUCGCUCUUUCGAUCAGUCUUGCGAUCGGAUCAGCCCGGCAAUCUCUCUGGACUCUGGCAAGCUCUCAAACAAGCCGACAUCCCGAUCAAGAAGGAACCGGAUACUUCAAAGCCUGCUGGCCAACCUACCAUUUCCGCGUCUGGCGCCCCCAAGACGGAUGAGCAGCACCAGCAGGAGGCCAUCAGAACCAAGUCCACAGGUGCAGCGACGCAGCCCGUAAGCACCCUCAACCAACCUGAAAUACGGGUUGUGGACUCGAGUAAAGAUGUCAUCGACUUGACAGCAGACGAUGCUCUCGUCUCUGCGAUCCUUGCGGGCCCAACCCAGACCGAUCGCCAGACGGCCCUGGCAAACUUUGAGCCAUGUGGUUGGCUGAACGAUAUCAAUAUCGACGUUCUCCUGAAGCAUCUGGCUUCCAAAAACCCCUCUGUUGGCCUAUUGUCGUCAUGGGACACGGGCAUCCUCCGGCGAUCCCGUAAUGAGCGGCUGCCAGAGAUCUUGCAGAAGCGCUUCGCCUCCUUGGCCAAGAAAGAGUUAUGGAUUGCACCGGUGUCGUACAACGGCCACUGGGUUGUCUUCGUGGGCCGGCGCAACGAAUCCAUCGACUACUAUGAUUCGAUCAUCGCGGGCAGCUAUAAAGUUGAAGCGACGAAGAUCCUCUAUGAGUUUCUUCGAUGUGUUUGGGGCAAUGACGCCAAGCUUCCAGAACCCAAGACCCGACAGCCAAAUGGCUUCGACUGCGGCCUCCAUGUUAUCCGCAAUGCCGAUCUCGUCACCCAGCUGAACCGCCCAGCCAAUGCCAUCCCUCCCCUCCACCCCGACGAGCUACGCCGCUACUACAGGACCAUGUACGAAAACCUGUUGGACUAG